AAUGGUAGCAACUCGGUUAAUUGCUCGUCCCGCGUGCAGAUACCUGGCGCGAGCCAGUUUCACUCCUAGUUGGACCCAGGCUCGAUCCUAUGCCGCCAUCGCAAAGAAUGACCGAGUCGCCAAAUUUUUGGGAACGAAAGGCAAUGAUGGAAAAUACACCGUCACAUUAAUCGAGGGCGACGGUAUCGGACCGGAAAUUGCGCAAUCAGUCAAGGACAUCUUCACCGCCGCCAAGGUCCCGAUCAAAUGGGAAUCCGUCGAUGUCACUCCCCAGCUAAAAGACGGCCGCACCGUGAUCCCACAAGAGGCCAUUGACAGUGUGACACGGAACUACGUUGCGCUGAAAGGUCCUCUCGCCACCCCUAUCGGCAAAGGUCACGUCUCCCUCAACCUCACCCUCCGCCGCACCUUCAACCUCUUCGCCAACGUCCGCCCCUGCAAAUCCAUCGCCGGCUACCAAACCCCCUACGACAACGUCGACACCGUCCUGAUCCGCGAGAACACCGAGGGCGAGUACUCCGGCAUCGAGCACAUCGUUGUCGAUGGCGUCGUCCAGUCCAUCAAGCUGAUCACCCGCGCCGCCUCUGAGCGCGUCCUCCGAUUCGCCUUCCAGUACGCCCUUGAGGUCGGGAAGCCCAAGGUGCGUGUCGUGCACAAGGCGACCAUCAUGAAGAUGAGCGACGGGCUGUUUUUGCGGACCGCCAGGGACGUGGCGAAGGAGUUCCCCCAGAUCGAGUUUGAUGCGGAGUUGUUGGAUAAUACCUGCUUGAAGAUGGUGACGGAUCCGGCGCCGUACGCGGACUUGGUUUUGGUCAUGCCGAACUUGUACGGCGAUAUCCUGUCCGAUCUGUGCGCCGGGUUGAUCGGUGGACUGGGUCUGACGCCGUCUGGAAACAUUGGCGAUGAGUGCUCGAUCUUCGAGGCCGUCCAUGGAAGCGCGCCGGAUAUUGCCGGGAAGGGGCUCGCGAAUCCCACCGCGUUGCUGUUGAGCAGCAUCAUGAUGCUGCAGCAUAUGGGACUCCACCAACAUGCGGAGCAGAUUCAGACCGCCAUCUUCAAGGUGUUGGCUGAGGGCAAGACCAUCACCGGCGACCUGGGCGGCAAAGCCAAGACCCACGAAUACGCCGGCGCCGUCAUCAAGGCGCUGAACUAAGCGUCUGAACUCCAACCCAACCCAAAAGAACCAAGAACACACCGUCGGCCACCCCCGCCUAUGCACCCAUCCAGUUCCCGCAAUCUUGUACCAUACAUCCAUUCAUAUUCCUCAUUUGAAAAGAGUCCGCAUAUCGCUUCGUUUCGUUUGGGAAAGGGGUUCGGGCGGACGUGAAAUGAUAUAGGUCGUGUAGAAAGGGGAUGCACGCGUUGAUAGGACAGUUGUAUAGACAUUUUGAUAUUUUCGUAGAAUAGUAUUUGCGUUCAGAAUGGUGGUGUCUGGAGGCGGGGAUGAGUGACGUUUCGAUCAUGUCCUUAUAGACCAUGGACUGGGGGGUUUCAAAAUGUGCCCCGGACAAGAAGCCAUCGAAGUGGGUGAUCCUGGAGGCACUCGAAUCCCCUAUUAUCGAGGCGUAUCAAAGUCCUGACAACCC